UUCGAACGCCGCAGCAUCCACUGCGAUCUGUGCAAGUCUUGCGAGAGCGCGCGGCAUUUCACGCCGACCUUCCCAGACAAGUUACGUGCUGACUUAUUUACCAUUUGAAAUUUUAAUGGUCCGUUUGCCGCGCGAAGCUUGACAAAAUGUUGCAGUAUGACGAAGAGCUUUCGGAAAGGCUCGGACUCACCAUUCAGUCCUCGAACUAUCCUACAGACUCGAAUAAUAAUUCCGCCGACAAACGGGGGGACAAGUACUCCCUUAGGCCCCGAUCCGCGCGAAGAAAAAAAAUCUGCCUGGACGAUAACGACCUUCCGGAGGACGCCAUCGACUCCGUCUCUCCUCCAUCUAGCAAAUCCGGUCGCGGGAAUUUACACCGACCGAAACAAAAAUCGGCACCUCUGAGUAAGUACCGCAGGAAAACGGCGAACGCGCGGGAACGCAGCAGGAUGAGGGAAAUUAACCAGGCGUUCGAGGCACUUAGAAAGGCGGUACCCCAGAUCACGCCGAACCAACAGCAGAACGAAAAACUGACCAAAAUUACGACGCUGAGGCUCGCGAUGAAAUACAUAUCAGCCCUCAGCUCGGCUUUGUCGAGUUGUCCCGCGGAAUUGCCCCAGCAAGAUUUGUUUUCCGAAUGUUCCGAAUUGGAAUCGUUUUUGCUCGAGUCGGAUGGCGAAUCGUUGCCGUUGAGGAGCGACAUUUCCGACCAUUCGAUCACGCCUGAAGAGUUCUCGGUCGAUUUCGACGACUCUUUGACGCCGGGCGAUUUCGGACGACUGACGCCAGAUUUUUCCAACCAUCUCCAUUUCGACCCGUUCCUGGUCGAUUUUAGUUGAGUUUAAGUGUUAUAGUACAGUGAUAUUAAACGAGUAACUAGAGACGGUAAUUAUUUAAUUUUUCGAAUACGAAUUUUCUACAAUUGCAAAAUUGCCCAGGUUCAACGAAUAAUUAGGAAUAUAACGAAUGUUCUCUUUUUUACCUAUUUUUGAUUUCCGAUAAUCGUAAGCAUCAAAAUUGUUCAAGACUGGACGCUAUUUUUCCGGCUUUUAACAUAUUUAUUUAUUUUAUUUUUUUAUUUAUUUUUUGACAAAAACAUUUUUAUUCUUUCAAUUUGCUCCCCGACUUAGAACCUUUUGGAUUUUAAUUAAAAAAAAUCAAAAAAAUACCUAGUUAUAUCUAGGCUGACUCCAUCAACAAUAACAUAUUUUUUAAAAAUUAAAUUGGUACCCAAUGUAUAUUUCAAUGGAUCGCAUUUUUGGGCAAAAAAUUGUUUGGUCAGUUUUGGUGGUCAUUGCAGCUUAAAUAAAUAAAUGUGUAAAAAAACUGCGCCCAAAACGUUGCGUAUUGUUUGACAAAAGAUUGCUAAGUAUUAUAUUUAUUGUAUAUCGAUAUAGUUUUUAACGUUAUACAUUAUGUAAUAGUCGAUUAAAUGUAUGUUGUAAAUUUUCCAGUGAACGUGAAAAAAGUGCCUUAAAUAUGUUAUUAGAAAAGCGGGCAACGCAUUUGUCGCUUUUUAAUAAAUAUUCUCGUUACUUAAGCAUUUCAGAUAGUAUUUUUGUAUAAAUAGAUGUACAUAUAAAAGAGAUAAAUACGAAAUAUACUAUUUUAUUUGA